AUGCAGAGUUCUGAGGGCAGCGCAGAUCCUCCAUCGAACAACAGCGUGGCCAGCUGGGAGUUGCUGAACGAGGGCAACAACAAAGUGGUUCUGUGGGUUCCUGAUCAUCUGGUCACUCACUGCGCAGGCUGUGAAAGAGAGUUUUGGGUGGCAUUGAGAAAGCAUCAUUGCAGAUCAUGUGGCAAAGUCUACUGUCAUGAUUGCAGCAGCUACAGCAUGCCGUGCCCUCACCAGAAUCUUCUGACUCCCGUGCGAGUCUGCAAGAGAUGUUUUGAUGAGUAA